AUGUUCAAGCGGGUGGCCCAGGCCUACAAGGUUUUGAGUGAUGACCUCCUGCGCGCACAGUACAACACCGCUGGUGAGGGUGGUCUUGGACAAGACUGGUGGCCAGAUGAUCCGGAUGCAAGCAGGGACAUGGCCUACCAAUUCUUCAUCCAUCGCGUGCCAGGGAAAUCCCUGGCUGAUGGCUUCAGUGAGGCGAAGCUUCGAGAAAUAUUCCCUCAUCUCUUUGGAAGUGGUCCGGUCAGGGAUGCGCCCUCGACAACCCAACGCAGCUCAUUAUAG